AUGGAUCAAAAAACUGAAGAAUCUGGUCCCUCUCCUGUAAUUACUAACCCGCAAGAUUUAUUAGUGCGCAAACAAGUAUAUCGCGGUCAUCCAUUAUUGAAUGCAGAUGACAGUAAUAAUGAUCCAAUAACGAUAACGUUCCCGACAACGGAAAUUAUAGGUAAAGGUUCAUUCGGACUUGUCUUUUGUACAACAAUAAGAGAAACAGAUGAAGUGGUCGCAAUAAAGAAAGUCUUACAAGACCGAAGGUUUAAAAAUAGAGAACUGGAAAUAAUGAAAUUAAUUCAACAUCCAAAUGUAAUUAAUUUGAAAUAUUAUUUUUAUGAAAAGGAUGUUGAUGAUGAAGUUUAUCUAAAUUUAAUCUUGGAUUAUAUGCCGCAAUCUUUAUAUCAAAGAUUAAGACAUUUCGUUCAUCAACGUCAAUCAAUGUCAAGAUUAGAAAUUAAAUUUUACAUGUUUCAACUUUUCAAAUCAUUAAAUUAUUUGCAUAAUGCGAAAAAUGUUUGUCAUAGAGAUAUUAAACCACAAAAUAUUCUCGUGGAUCCAAAUUCUUGGAAUUUAAAACUUUGUGAUUUUGGUAGUGCAAAGCAAUUAAAACCAACAGAACCAAACGUUUCUUAUAUUUGUUCGAGAUAUUAUAGAGCUCCAGAAUUAAUCUUUGGUGCUACAAAUUAUUCAAAUCAAAUCGAUAUUUGGUCAAGUGGAUGUGUAAUGGCUGAAUUAUUAUUGGGUCAACCAAUGUUUCCCGGAGAAAGUGGUAUAGACCAAUUAGUGGAAAUUAUUAAAAUAUUGGGGACUCCAUCAAAGCAAGAAAUUUGUGCCAUGAAUCCAAAUUAUAUGGAACAUAAAUUCCCACAAAUUAAACCAAUACCAUUAGCAAAAGUAUUUAAAAAGGAAGAUGAGUUAACAGUAGAUUUCUUAAUAAAUACUUUGAAAUAUGAUCCAAUGGAACGAUUUAAUUCAUUACAAUGUCUUUGUUCCACUUAUUUCGAUGAACUAAGAUAUGGUGAAGGUAAGAUAAAAGAAAUUACGACAGAUUUGAAAUUAUUAGAGUUUAAAGUGGAUGAUGAAUUGAGUCAUUUAACACCAGAUCAACUAGAGAUUAUAAAGCAAAAAUUGGCUCUCAUACCAAUAUGA